AUGGAUCCCGGCAUAUCUUCCGAACCGCCAUCUCGCUCUCUGAGUGGCAAGGUGGCCAUUGUGACCGGAGCUGGGUGCUUAGGAGAUGGAAUUGGUAACGGGCGUGCUAUAUCUAUUCUUCUAGCUUAUGAUGGCUGCGAUGUGCUGUGCGUUGAUCUCAACGAAGAAUGGGCAACCAAGACUGUGGAGAUGAUAUCAUCCAAGUCAGGCCGAGGACGGGCUCUCCCAUUUCGAGGCGAUGUCACUUCUGCCAAGGACUGCGAAACAGCAGUGAACCUUGCUGUCGAGAAAUUUGGUCGUCUUGACAUUCUUAUUAACAAUGUUGGAAUUGGUGGCGCUCCAGGCACGGCGGUCGAUGUUGACAUGGCGGAGUGGGCAAAAAGCAUGGAUAUUAAUGUCGGCAGUAUGGUACAGAUGAGCAAAUAUGCCAUUCCGGCAAUGACUCGCAACGAGGGAGAAAAUAAAGGAAACAUUGUGAAUAUGGGGAGUGUGGCGGGUCUCAAGGGUGGAACACCUCAUUUGCUUUACCCGACAUCCAAAGGCGCCAUCGUCAAUCUCACGCGCGCAAUGGCAGCGCAUCAUGCGGCGGAUGGGAUUAGAGUGAAUUGUGUUUGCCCGGGGAUGCUGUACACGCCAAUGAUGUACGGGAAUGGAAUGAGUGAAGAAGCCAGAGAAGCUCGCAGAAAGCGCAGUCUUCUCGGAACAGAGGGAAAUGGGUGGGACUGUGCCGGUGCUGUGGUAUUUCUGGCUGGUCCACAUGCUCGAUGGAUGACGGGCGUGAUUUUGCCGGUGGAUGCAGGAACGACAGCUGCAGUGGGGAUCGGAAUGACCAAGAGCGCCAGUGUUAAUGCAUAG